AUGGCUCGCGAAUAUCUAAACUCGGAUUGGUUACCGUUUACCAAAGUCACGGUUUAUGCUUCGACGCAAAAAUAUGUGCUUUCAAUGGCUUGCAAGUUACUUUUAGGCUUAGAAUAUCCUGGUGAAGUAGGGAUAGUUUCUGAGCUCUUCAAACGUACGAUGCCGGGAUUAUUAGCCGUGCUGAUUAAUUUACCAGGGACACCUUUUAAUCGUUCAAUUAAAGAAGGGAAAAAGCUGAAAUUGGAGCUGUUGAAGAUUGUGGAGGCUAGGAAAAAGAUGAUUCCAAAGUUGAAGGAAAGGGAAAAGGCUGGAUCAGGUUUUGUGGACAUACUGUCUCGAAUGUUGUUGGAGGGAAAAGCCCAUUUCAAGUCAGACAUGGAAAUCGUCAAUAAUCUUAUCAGCUUUUUACUUUCAAGUUAUGAAGGGAUCACAGCCGCCAUCACCACCUUCAAGUACCUCUCUGAGCUUCCUCAAGUGUAUGAUGCUCUUUACAGAGAACAUAGGAACAUUGCCAAAUCCAAAUCUCCGCAAGAGAAGUUGAAUUGGGAAGAUGUGCAACAGAUGAAAUACUCUUGGAAUGUGAUAUGUGAAGCAAUGAGGCUAAUACCUCCUACCUUUGGGACUUUCAGAGAGGCCAAAAUUGACCUCAACUUUGCAGGCUACACAAUUCCAAAAGGAUGGAAGAUUCUUUGGAGUCCAUUUACAUCAAACAAAGAUCCUAAGUGUUUCCAGAACCCGGAGACUUUUGAUCCCGAAAGAUAUGAUCGAGACGGGUUGCUACCAAGCAGCUAUGUGCCUUUUGGUGGAGGGACUCAAAUGUGUCCUGGAAAGGACUUCGCCAAAUUUGUUAUGCUCGUAUUCACGUAUAAUGUAGUGUCAAAAUUUAGAUUCAGAAAACGAAUUCCUGAUGAAAAGAUAAUAUAUCUCCCAGGUCCUAGGCCUGAGAAGGAUCUUCCCGUCCUACUCCAACAGCAUCAGCAUCACGAGUAG